AUGCCUUUCGGGAAGAGCUGUGUAAGGUUGUGUUCAGCAGAAUGUCUAUUUUCAAACAAGGAGGCGCGCUCCGAUCAGGAGCACCUGUCAGGUGUCAUCUUGCUGAAUAGCCCGGAGAACGCCCAGUGGUCGUGCAAGGAAUACUUUCGUUUGUGGAAGUUGUACCGGGGGAAAAGACAUGCCUCAUCACCACUGCCUAAACGUCCUAUCUGCUACUUUAUCUGCGCAGAUGGGGCUUAUGAUGCGCUCCUACACUAUUAUUAUACCCAUUAUGAUGAACUCUGCGAUCUAGGGUUAUUCCCUGAUGGGCAUGGAAAGUCUCGAGGAACGGGUGAAACUGUGCCUCUCCCCCCGUUUCCGCUUUGUGAUAUUGUGAUCGGCGAUAUGGACAGUUCAAACCGCUUUAAAAAAUACAUAAACACCAGUGAAGUCCAAGACCAGCCCCGCAAGGACUCCUCUCAAACUGAACACUUGGCUUUUGCUCAGGAAUCGCAGCUCCCUUUUCUGGUUACAGGGGGCUGGUACAAUCACGUCAAAGAGAUCCCUUGUGAGAUGCUGGGAAAAAUUCGCUUACGAGCCUUGGCCUUAGCACGAGGCGGCGGCGAUGGUGGAUACCCUGUGUUAGAGUCAACUUUGCCGUAUCUCUUUCCUAUCACGUGCCAGAUGACGACUGACUUCAGCAAAUCCAUGCUUAUUUUACGCCGCCUAAAACGUCGUUACCCAUGCGACUUCCCGGAGUAUUACGAUGAUGGCGCCCCGUUAUGGAGGGAUCCAAGCAACAAGCGGAGGCCUUUUAUCGAUCGUUAUGACGAUGCCAACGACGAUGAUGAGAUGAUGACGGAGGAAGAGCGUGACGCCGCGGCCCCCACUGCACCGUUAGUUCAGGCGAUCAUUCAACGGUUUGGGGACGCUAUGCGGAGCUUAAUUGAUUCCCAUGAAGCCCUUUCCAAAGUGAUGCCUCAACACGAAGAACAGAGAGAUGAGCUUCGUGAAUCUUUUGAAGGUGUGAACGACGCAGAAGCUAAACGGUUAGAAAACAUGCGUUGCGCAAACCUCCUUAACGAGGUUUGGAAGAACAGCGUCAUUGGUCGCCGCGAAGGAGGGAAUGCCUAUGACACCCUUUCUCUACACACCUGCAUCUUGCCUUCUGUUGCCAUCCUCGGCUCACUCGGUGGUCGCCUUGACCAAGAGAUUGCUUCUGUUUCCUCACUCUUCAACUUUGAGAGUGAAUUUCACAUGAUACUGACAAACAAGUGGAAUGUUAUGUUUCCAUGUGCCACCAAUGGAGUCACUCUCUGGUUGCACCCUUCCCCGGAUGCGGAUAAGCCUGGCGGUGUGGAAGGUUUCCAGCAGCCCGUUCUCGGUGACCCCAAUGACAUCACAAGCAAAACUAAUGAUAAGGGAGGCUGUGGUCAGAAUGUCCCCUCCUCGACGGGGAAACGAGCCCAACAGCUGGAUCGCGAGGGCGAUUUGUGCGGCAUUGUGCCUUUCGGAUUUGUCCAGCAAAUGGAGACGACAGGCUUCCUUUACAACAUUGUGAAGGGUCGCAGUGGGCCCCCGUGGGGUCAUUACGACGGUGUGACACAGACGGAGCAGUUUGUCUUUUCCUUCUCGGGUAUUGUGUCAACAUCUAACACGGCUGUGGCACCGAUGAUGUUGGUGGAUAUGCGGAUAUUAUCUCACACAGAUGAUGAUAAAAACGCGUCCUAUGACAACCCACCUACUCUUCUUACAACAAACCGUUUGACCUCUAGUUAA